UCAACCCUUCGCAAGAAGGUACCAACUAGAUGCAAAUUUAACCUCAUCAUAACCCGUUUGUGCUAUAGUGCAUGUUGGCGAACUAGUCAACGGCGAGACAUAGCUUGACGAGAAUCUCGCGUACGUCAUCUUCACUUUCUAUUUCUGAUAUGCCAGCCUGGAAACAGACCUAGGGAGUACACGUUGACACCACGCUCUUUUCAUCUCCUCGUUGCGGACGUGUGAAACACCUCCUGAAUAUCCCAGAACCCGCUCGAAUCUCUGUUGCGCAGGGAACUUACAGCUGUGAACUGAUUGUGUGCCAGAGCAAUGUUUUGAUGGGAAUGGGAUGCACAGCGUCUGUUUCUAAUGCUCUUCAAACCGUGCUCGCUUUCACGGUGUUUUCCCUCCGAUUUCGGACGAACACAUUCCUUAACAGCAAGGGGAUUUUAUCGAUUGAUUUCUUGCUUUAAACUUUAAAAAGUUGAAGAUAAAUGUGCUGAUUUUAAAUAAUAUAUUUUCUCGUUAAAUUCAUUAGCUAUAGAUUUCAUAAGACAAUGCGAAGAGCAAACGAAUACGUUUCUUCUUCGACGACGUUACUCAAUUACCCCCCUACUCCUUGUAGCGAUGGAUCCACCUAGCCGACAGACUGUCGCCACUUGCUGCUGACGUCACUCCAAGUAGGCGCACCGGCUGGCUGUUUUACUAUGUACAACAAAUUUGUGAAUGCGCACAAAAUCAAGUGCGGUAUCUCUCUAGCUAGUGCUUAUUAGUGAUGAAAUAUAAAACAAUUAUAUAGCACUUAAGUCCUUAAAGAGUUUUGUUUUUAUAAGUCUUGUGGGAAAUACAAAAUUUUAUUCUGACAUUUUUAACAGGAAGUUUGGUUGAGCUAGUACUGCGGAGGAAUAAACGAAAAGAAAGUUUCAUGAGAACGACUUCCCGUCUGACUGUCGCCAGUUACAAUAGCAAAGAAAUUUUUAGCCUUGCACUGCUACAAAUUUCAACAGAAAUUUAUACAUGGCUAUAUUUUCCCGCCUUGAAACGUUAUUUGUCGAUCUUAAUAAUAGCGUGGUGCAAUACCAGGUUUUUGAAAUUGUAACUGAUAGUGUAUCAGGUAAUAAUUUCACUUUUUAGAUUGAGUUUCUCGCCAUUUUGAUCGCCAAAUCAUUGGAAAGUGGCUAAACGAGACGAAUGACCGUGCUUUACGCUUGGAACGUGGCGGUAUAACCAUUGUAUGCCAGCACGUUUUAUUGGCAGAUUGAGGAAAGAUUUCAUCCUCAUUGCUUACGUGAGUUUGUGGAGAGAAUGACAUCACCCCUGUCAAGCAUUUUUUCCUUUACCAGCCCAGCUGUCAAACGUUUACUUGGCUGGAAGCAAGGCGAUGAGGAGGAAAAGUGGGCGGAGAAGGCGGUAGAUUCCCUGGUUAAAAAGCUAAAAAAGAAAAAAGGUGCCCUUGAAGAUCUUGAGAAAGCUCUGAGCUGUCCUGGCAGACCCAGUAAAUGUGUUACAAUACCAAGAUCUUUAGAUGGCCGUCUACAAGUGUCACAUCGUAAGGGACUACCACAUGUUAUAUACUGUCGGGUGUGGCGAUGGCCAGAUCUUCAGUCACACCAUGAAUUAAAACCUCUAGAAUGCUGCGAGUACCCAUUUUCUGCCAAACAGAAAGAGGUGUGCAUAAACCCUUAUCACUAUAAGCGUGUGGAAAGUCCAGUUUUGCUUUUGUUUUCGGUGUACAGUGAGUUUCCAUCAAGUGGUACCAUGCCAGCCUUUCAGUCAGUGCCUGAGCCUAAUAUGCCCCACAAUGUCACUUACCCAUUUCAGCAGCAGCACUCUCCUAACCCACCCAGUUCAGGACCUGGAAGUCCAUUUGGCCUCCCAGCUGACACUCCCCCACCAGCCUAUCAGGCACAAGAUGACAGCCAGCAAAAUAGCAUGGGAAUGAGCCAAGGAAAUGGCAUGCCUAGACCUCCACCAAGUCAAAAUGGCCCACAGCCUAUGGACACCAGUAUGCCACCCACCAUACCAAUUCCUAAACAGCUGAGUGGGCGAGGCAUAGUGGACUUGCAGCCUGUGACAUACCAGGAACCCCAGUACUGGUGCUCAAUUGUCUAUUAUGAAUUGAAUAAUAGGGUGGGUGAAGCUUUCCAUGCCUCACACACAUCUAUUGUCACAGAUGGCUUCUGUGAUCCCUCGAAUAAUGCAGAUCGCUUCUGCCUUGGAUUACUUUCUAAUGUGAACCGCAACUCUACCAUAGAAAACACACGGCGACACAUUGGCAAAGGAGUUCACUUGUACUACGUUGGAGGGGAAGUAUUUGCUGAAUGUCUUAGUGACAGUAGCAUCUUCGUACAGAGCAGGAAUUGCAACUACCACCAUGGCUUUCAUCCUACCACAGUGUGCAAAAUACCUCCUGGGUGUUCCCUUAAAAUAUUUAAUAAUCAAGAGUUUGCAGCUUUGCUCAGCCAGUCUGUCAACCAUGGCUUUGAGGCAGUGUAUGACCUUACUAAAAUGUGCACUAUCAGAAUGAGUUUUGUGAAGGGUUGGGGAGCAGAAUAUCAUCGUCAGGAUGUAACUAGUACACCAUGCUGGAUUGAAAUCCAUCUUAAUGGACCGCUCCAGUGGCUUGACAAGGUGCUUACACAAAUGGGUUCACCACAUAACCCAAUUUCUUCUGUUUCAUGAUGCAUGUUCUGCUGUGUCAUAAGGCAUUUAUCAUUUUUUUAUGCUUUUGAAUGAUCAUCUGUAGAUUGCUGGAAACAUUAAGAUCUUUCAAGGAACCAAAAAUACUAAAUGCUUUCAUUUGCUUCCAAAAGAAAAACAUUUAAAUUUACUGCCUAUUUAUGGCAAUAAUAGUUCUAUUUUUCAUGGGUCUGUCCUAUGGAUAUUGACUGUAUCUAUGAUGCAGUUACUGUUGUGAGGCACCAGGAGGAGAGAAGGCCACUAAAAGGAUAAAAUGCUAGAUUAGAAGUGCUGGACACCCUACAAAGCAUAGACAUUGUGUUCCAUGUGGAUACACUGUAACAGCUGAUUAUUGUUUUCCAUUUAAAAAAUGCUGCACUUGCAGCAUGCAAAAUUUAUAUUAAUAAUAGCAAAUACUAAAAAUCAGGAUUGUGCCCCAUCUUUGUAAAUUUUUUUUCUUAAACCAUUAAUGAUAAACUUGUUUAAGGCCACUUCUGAAUGGUAUCUGAGAAAUCUUGCCAUAAUUUCAAACGAUUUUAUGGUUUUGAGGUGAGAUAUUUGGUCACAAAAAUUUCAGUCAUAAUAAUGUUUCAAUUUUCAAUUUUUAUGUUACCUACGUGAGUUUGUGAACAAAGUAUACAGUUUUUAAAUUGUGGAUUUUCAAGAUGACUGGUUGUCAGUUCCUUUUAAAAUAUAAACCCAUUUCAGUUCAUUGGAAAAUCUCAUUUAAGUUUCAGACUGAACUGUUAGUGUUAGGCAGCUAAUGUCCUUGACACUUCUCCCACUCUAAUAAAAAAAAAAACUGCUGUCAAAUAAUCUCUAUUCUGUACAGUAGCAUAGAUUUACCUACUGUAUAUAUACACACACACUGCUUUUGGUGGGGAGGGGGGGUGUUUUUCUUUGAAGUGUGAAAACCCCCUUCUUACCUAUUUGUGUUUCAUAUGCAUUGUGUUUUUGUUGAAGUUGACAAAAAUGUUUUUUGUAUAAUCAGUUGGCUUUGAAUGUGUGUCUUUCACAAUAUAUCAUUAUCAUAUAUAGACCGAUGAAAUCAGAAGGCAAUAAUUCAUCAUGAAUAUUUUUGGUCAUAAUUUUACAUGGUAUAUUUAAGGAUAUGCACUGGUUUUGAAGUAGCUGUCUUGCUGUUUUGAUAACAGUGUGUUUCUUAAGCUUAUGCAUCAUUCUCACAUUCAUAUUUUUGAUGUAUCUGUACAGCAUCUGUCAGUUUGUAAUUGUCAUCUGUGUGGCUUAUUGUUCUUUUUGAAUAAAAUGUCUUUUAUGUUAUAUGGUAAAAUGUUCUUUUUACGUAAACUAGAAGGCCUUUUAUAAUUUAACUAUUAUUUUAGGAAUAAACCUGUAUCUGGUAAAGUGAAAAUAACUAGACAAAUAGGCAAUGCUGCAUCAAAUCUGUUUUUGUAAAGUUAUUGGUGGUGAAGUUAUGAUCUGGUCCUUAUAUCUUAUCAUGGCUGAAGGAGCAAGAUUGGGCCAGCUUGCUAUUCUUCUUGUUUCUUGUCAGUACAUGUUCAUUACGAGCUUAAAGAUACUUAAGAACAUUGAGAUUUCAACCACUUUCUAAAUAUUUCAUUGACAGAAAUAAAUUUAUAAAACCUAGCGAAAAGUAUGACUUAUUGUGGGACUCAAAAAAGGUGGUAAGGAGCACAUGGGGUAUCAGCUUCCUUAACAGUCGUUCUUGCUUCCAUCUGGCCAUAAUACAAAACAUUUUACUAACCCCUUCCAGGAAAUAAAUUAAUCUACCAUGUGAAUAUAACAUCAGACAUUAUGUGAUGGUUGCAUCUUUUUGGAAAAAGUGGCUAGACCACUAUCCUCAGCUAGAUCAAUUCUUUCCUGCUGUAUGAUGGUAUAUUCAUAAGGUAAUAAAUUUUUGGGAUUUAUGAUAAUCUUUUUAAAGGGUGUGACAUGGAAACAUUUAAAAAUAGGGCAGUUACGGGUCAGUACUGCAGGCUUAUGUGGUUUCACAAAAUUUCAAUUAAUGACAUCCUAAAUGAUAUUUUUAUGGCAGAAUGUGACAUGUUUCUUGUGAAAAUGGCAAUCAUUGUGUACAUGUUAUGGUCCCUACUUUUUUUUUUUUUUUUUUUUUUUUUUCUUGUUUUUAUGUCAGCACCUGUUGUAUUCAUCUGCAUAACCAACACAUUGUUAUACGACUAAAUUAAAGGAGACGAAAGCAGAUACAUUGCUGUUUGACAACUUACAUGACUUGCAUAAAUGCUAUAAACAAGCUGCUAAACGUUGUGACAGGGUUAUGUCUGUAUGUUCCUUUACUCCACCUAGAUAAUGGCAUUGGAUAUUAGGUGUCAUACACACAGAGAAAGGUGUUCACUUAAUAUUUUUAAGCAAUUAGAGUCUUCUCUUUAAGUAAUCAAAUAAAGUGUGCAAGCAUGUGGUGUGGAAUUUAGACUGCAUGUCUUAUGAAUGGUAUGAAUUAGCUGUAAGUAAAACUGGUGAAUUUAUUUUGAUAUAAGGUGUCUUAAAUAACUGCACAUAUUAGCAUCUUCAUUUUGGUGAGCACGUUACAUUUGAUUGUUUUUAACAGUAGACAAAUAGCUUUUGCAGAUGCUUAUCUGACACUGCAUAUUGCUUGAGAACAGCUUGAGGCAAAUUGCUUUACAGAGAGAAUAUUAAUGAGCAAUUAUUGUAGCUCUAGAAAGUAAAGGUAAUAAUGUGGUCAGAAUUUAAUAUAAAGGGAAAAUUGCCUGUUGAGCUUUUCUUAUUUUUCUCUAAUUAAUUCAGGUCACAUCAUUACUUUUGAAAGUAUAUGAUGAAGAUAAGAUACACCAUUUACAUAAUUCUUUGUUGUAUGUAUUGGUAAGAUCCAAAACUAAAUGAAGAAAAAACAUACUACAGGAUAUGUAGUAUCAAGAAUUAGUUUAAAGAAUCUUUGUCGCAUAAUCUACAAAAGUGUUUUGGCUUUGAAUUUUGAUCUCUGCACUAAGUUCAUGAUGCAGCUGUUAGUGUGAAUACACAGCUACUUUUUCACUCAAGAAUUUUAGCUAGGUUUCAGUGAUUAUAAGCAGACCCAUUCUUAGCUGCCACAGGGGCCCAAGGCUUAGGGCAUGUGCAGGGCAUCCAACACCACAAUGGCUAGUUACCAUAUAUUAAUCAAAAGCACGGGGUCCUAGGCAAAUGCUUCAUCUGCCUGCCCUAAGCAAAGCCCUGAUUAUAAUAAUAGUUUUAUAAGAUUUGCUUAAGUACUUGGUUGUUAAAAUGUUUAAACUGCUUUUUCAAUAUUGUUUUCUUUUUCUAAAAAAAAAAAACAACUCUUGACUCUGCCUCAGAAGUGUACUGAAUGUCCUAAUGGUUCAUUUUCAUUGCGUUGACCAGCAUGUAUACCUUUUAAAAAAAAUUUCUUUAUACUUUUUCUUCAAUGCCAAUAAGGGUGAUUUUCAUAGAAAUAUUUUUGGAAAUAAAUUUUUAUUCUACAUGAAGAGAGCUUAUAGACUAAAUCCUAAGAAUCAGGUACAUGUAGAGUUUAAUCUAGGUGUACAUAUGUUUAAAUGUGUUGCUCUCUUUGCUAUUUCAAUGGCCAAAAUAAUGAUGGAACCCUCAAUGCUUUUAGAGUUUGUAGCUGGAUUGAUUUUUCUUUUAAUUUUAACAUUCCUUUAGUUUACAUAGUAGAUUUAUUCAGCUAUUAUGAAGACAAAUCAUGACACAGUAAAAAGAGGACUAUAAUUUAAUGCUAGUAGUGUUAACUUUUCUGGUUAAUGUGUAUAACGCAGAUGUCUGAAACAAAUAUUGUGAUGUGCGUUUUUAUGAUGGAGUAAUUUUCUUUUUGAAAUGUGAAUCCAGUUUAAGAAUGGAUCUUGUACCUGUGUUGCAUGUUCAUGCUUCAUCUGUUACAUCAUGGGCUUCUCUGUUUCUCUUGCACAAUUUAACAAAAGGUAAAAAUGGCUUUGCAAGUCCACAUAGGGUAUACUGGCCCAGUCAGUUUUUUGUGUGGGAUCUUGAUUGGAUUAUUUUAUCAUUUGUCCUGAGAAUAAACUUGUAUAAACUGAAAGAUCCCUUAAAAUUGUUCUUCCAAUUGUUUUAACAUAAGCCACACUGAUCGCAGUGACGUAAUUCCCACUCACGCACACCUUCCAUCUCACUGAAGGAAGAAAGCUAAGAGGUAUACAAUAAAUUACAGUUAAAUAUAGGAUUUAGAGAAAUAAAUAGGCCCAAUGUAGCUCGUGUUGAGAAUAUACUUUUGUGAAGAGGUGUAAAAGAUACUUGUCAUGUGAUUUUAAAUAUUUGUAGAUGGUGGUGAAAUAAGCAUUAGACUUGCUGUUUCCCAAAAUUGUUCUUGCUUCCCUUCACUAGUAAAAUGUUCCCAUAGUAAUGUUUGUGUUUCAUUGUACAGUUCAGAAUAUGAACAGUGUUCACUCCUCUUGAUACAAUCAAGUACUCUGUCAGUCUUCCACGUAUUCAAUGUGCACUGGUUCAUUUGCAUGUUCUGAUAGCCAUGCAUGUAAAUGAUAUUAUAAUGUGUUGAGCUUAACAGUAAACAUUUUUUGAGCAUUACAUUUUCAUUUAUUUGUAUAUUUGAAUAUUUCUUGAUGAUUAAGCCAUGUUAUCUGCAUGAUUGUUUUGUUAAGAGGUACUUUUUUCAACAAUGAACAAAAGAUUUGAGUUGUUAGAUUGAUUUGAAUUGUCAGUUCCCUCUUCCCUUUUUGGGUGACAGAACAAGGAAGAAACUUUUAAGACAUAUAAUUUACACGAAAGACUUCCCAUUCAUAUAUGUGUUUAACACUUUUUAUGCAGAUCUUCAUUUUGUAGACAGUCUGUGCCAGGUGCUGCAUUAAAUAAAAUGUUGGGGUAGGUCAUUCAGUCAUUAGAAUGGACGAACAAUGUGUGAAAUUCAAUUCAUAUGUGGUGGAAAAUGUAGCAGGGUCUGUUUUUAAGACGAGCACAACCUCUCACUGCUGAAGAUGUUUUUAAAGAAAGUGCAUGAUGGUGGUUUUAGCCACCAGGCGAUUUUUAAAAAAUCUUUUUAGGCUCUACUACACCUCUGGUCCAUUUAACGCAUACAGUUUACAUUCAUCUUGAUGCAUAGACUACCAGAGAUUUGGAUAAUUGUCUCAUGUUUGGAAUACUGUAAGUGUUCAUGUUUGGUGUGUUCUGCGGAAGCUACUUAACCCCUAUCAAGAAUAUUGAAAGAAAUGGUGACUGAUAAAUCAGUUAAACAAGAUACAUGGGUAGAUCAAUUUUUUUAAACAAUAUUUUUUUAGUAAGUUUACCUGUGAGCUGUGAGCACAAAUUCUACUUAGAGUGGGUUCAGUACUAUUUUUGUGGGGAGGGGGGACCAAGUUCCCCUUCCCCUCACUGCUAUUGCUUGGUGACUGCUAACAGGGCUAGUGUUCAAGAAUGUUUUCCCAAUCAUGUGCAGCUUGUUUUUUUCUAUAAGUUUGCAUGCAUACGGUGUAUUUUGCAUUGUCAAAAUUUAUUACCCAACCAUCCUGAGACAUCAUUGUUACUCUUUGAAAUCUUCCUCAGUUUUGUUAUUUGUACUGGACAAUAAACAAUAGAUUACUGCCUUC